GUAAUCUCAUUACAUUUAAGCAGGUUAAGCAGUGACAGCUAGUUGAUGAAGUGUUAGUCGCAGUUGGUCGGAAACGAAAACACGUCUUGUUGAUCAUGGUUGACAACAGCACUGGAGAACAAGCUGUGUAUCAAUACUUCACAAUUAUAAGAGAUGAGGAUUCUUUCAUUAGUGAGCCAGACAACACUGAUUACACAUUCAUCAAUAAUCCUGUUGGUAGCAAGGAUGAAGAUGAUCAAGAAGUCAUGUAUUUGGUGGAGCCAGUAUCAUCUGAUGUAGUAUUAAAUAGUGCUGUCUCUGAUGAGACAAAUAAUGAACAAGUUAACAAUGAAGAUUCUGAAUAUGAGUAUGAUCCACUUGUUUGUCCUAAAGUUGAGUUUGUUCUUGAAGAUGGGCAAAUGUACAUGAAAGAUAGUAAUACUUUGAAAGAUGUUCAUGAAGAUUACACAUUUGAUCCUGAAUUAAUUAGUGUACUACAAGAAGAAGAGCAGGAGGAGUGUGAAGUUGCAACUCAAGAAGAAAUAGAAGAAGCAGUUGUUAUUCCAACAGACUCAUCAGCAACUGAAAUAACUGCUGAUAUGUGUAAUACUGAAGAUGAUGAAACAUCAACAGGGGAAUCUAAUUUUUGGAAAGUGCAACUUGUUGAUGGCACAUGUGCAUAUAUCAAUAAUGAUUUACUAAACAGCCUGAUUCAGAACAUUAAACAAGAAGAAAAGCCUAAAAUUGUUAGUCCUAAACAAGAUAAAAAGAUUGCCUGUUCAUAUUAUGGUUGUGGGAAGGUGUACUCUUCAAUUCAUCAUUUAACAGUUCAUAUGAGAAAUCACACUGGAAGUCGUCCUUACCAAUGUCCGUUUUCUCACUGUGAGAAAGCUUUCGCCACUGGUUAUUCCCUUAAAGCGCACCUGCGAACGCACACCGGUGAAGCACCCUACGGUUGCGUGGUGUGUCAAAAACAUUUUAAGACAUCCGGCGAUUUACAGAAACACGUGCGCACCCACACCGGUGAGAAACCUUUCAAAUGUCCGAUUGAGGGAUGCGGCAGGUCGUUUACCACUUCGAAUAUAAGAAAAGUCCACGUGCGAUCACACACCGGCGAACGUCCCUACCGCUGCACACACAAAGAUUGCAACAAAGCAUUCGCAUCGGCAACCAAUUUCAAAAAUCACAUGCGAAUACACUCAGGAGAAAAACCCUAUAAGUGUCCUGUAACCGGUUGUGGCAAGUGCUUCACAGAGUACUCAUCUCUUUUCAAACACAACGCUGUGCACAAGCCAUUCACGCCGCUCAAGUGCGAAUAUUGCGAUCAACUAUGCAAACAUGAAUCGACGCUGCGAGCGCACAAGCAAUCAAUGCACAAGAUACUCGUCACCGAGGAUGGAACCGAAGUGCAAUUACGGAAAGAGAGCGAUGGCAACUAUAUAUUUUGCAGCAAUGAAUGAAUUUAACUAAAAAUAAUAAUUUAAAUAAAUGAAGUAUUUGUGCAAUCUUACAAA